AUGAAGAAAAAAAACAAUUCAGAUACAGAAACAUUUUCAGUCGUUUUCGAAAGAAAACUUUCUCAAUUGAUCAAUAAAAAUGCUUUAAGAAAAUAUUUAACUAUAGCCAAUAGAGCGGACUUGAUUUCUUAUAUUGGAGAUGAAGCAUCAAUUUUUCUUCUCUGUCUGGUGGAAAAUAAAGAUUCUUCAAGCAACAAGAACCAUUAUUACUGUCAACAGACCAUAGAUAAAUGA